AUGACGACUAAACUGGGAACGGCUCUGGCUGCUUUCUUCCUCUUGGCCGGCAUAGCGGUCAUCAUAGCCAUAGCUACGGUUCAGGUGAAGCGAAGGACGUACGUCUCCUCCGGAUUAAAGUAUGGAAUUGUAUUGGACGCCGGUUCAUCCAGAACUACCGUGUAUGUUUACCAGUGGCCAGGGGAGAAAGAAAACAACACCGGAGUCGUGAGCGAGACCACCAAGUGUUCGGUUAAAGGUCCUGGUAUCUCAGACAUGGAUGCAAAAGCCUGGAGUAGUCUUAGAGAGUGCAUGGUGGAGAUAACCAAGACCAUACCAGCCAACCAGCACAAUUCCACACCAGUCUUUCUGGGGGCCACUGCUGGAAUGAGACUGCUCCACCAAAAGGAUGAACAGAAGUCCAACACUAUCCUGUAUGAGAUCCAGGAGUAUCUUCGUUCCUUACCCUUCGUCUUCCACAAUGCCUCCAUUAUUUCGGGCCAGGAAGAGGGGCUGUACGGGUGGAUUACAGUCAACUACCUAAUGGGAAACUUUCUGGAGAGAAACGUGUGGAACGCUUGGAUUCAUCCUCACGGAGCGAAGACGGUCGGGUCAUUAGAUCUAGGCGGAGCGUCCACUCAGAUCGCCUUCAUGGCCCCCGAUGAUGCCAGAGGACAAGAUCUGAUCAGAGUUUCACUGUACGGUUACGAAUACAACGUCUACACACACAGUUUCCUGUGCUACGGCAAGAACGAGGCAGAGAAGAAAGUUUUGGCGGAUCUUGUGAAGCGCUCUCCUGACUCACAGCGUAUUAACCACCCGUGCCUCCCCGAUGGCUACAACACCACCAUCCCCGGCAAAGACAUAUUUGACAGUGAGUGCACGAAGAACACGAGGCCGUCUCGCUUUAACCCGGACAGGAACAUCACUUUCCUCGGACUGAGUGACCCGGCUGGAUGCAAAUCCCUGGUCAAAAAGAUUUUCGACCUGAAGUCCUGCAAAGGAAAAGCAAACUGCUCGUUUGAUGGAGUUUACCAACCACCAGUUACGGGCGACUUCAUGGCCUACGCAGGGUUCUACUACAGCGUUUUACCUCUGGAUCUUCCGGGUUCCAACAGCCUGGAGAAGUUUAAUAAAAGCAUGUGGUCGAUGUGCUCCAAGUCCUGGAAAGAACUUCGGAGUGGAAACACCCCAGAGAAGUUCCUAAAAUCCUACUGUUACUCUGCAAACUACGUCCAUACACUCCUCGCUGAUGGAUACAAGUUUAAUGCUGCCAACUGGGAGAGUCUCGAUUUUCAAAAAGAGGUUAAUCAUACUAGUGUAGCCUGGUCGCUGGGCUACAUGCUCGCCCAGUCAAACAUGAUCCCUGCAGAGGCCAAACUUCUGAAGCUUCCCAUCUCCAACAGUUUGUUCGCCGGGCUGCUCUUCCUCUUCUCGGCUCUGGUCAUCAUCACCCUCAUGUUCCUCAUCAUCGCGCUGGUGCGCUUCUGUUACUGA